AUGGUUGUUCCAACCCAAUGCACCGUUACCCAUGUUCUGUUUGAUAUGGAUGGACUGCUCCUGGACACUGAGAGAGUGUAUACCGAGGUUACACAAGAAAUAGUUGGCCGCUACGGUAAAACGUAUGACUGGGAAACCAAGUCCAAGCUGAUUGGUCUUAAAGAAACCGAUGCUGGCGAGCUACUCGUAAAAUUGUUACAGAUCCCAAUGACUCCUGAAGAGUAUAUUGCCGAACGAAAGAUUGGACAUCAAGCCAGAUUUCCGUUCUGUAAGCCGCUUCCAGGCGUGCUACGACUAGUGAAGCACUUGAAGAAACAUAACAUCCCCAUUGCGGUUGGAACAUCUUCAUUCAGAGACGCAUUUGCUCUCAAGUCCCAAAACAAUCAAGAGUUGUUUUCUCUUUUCGACGGCAAUGUUGUUUGUGGAAACGAUGAGGGUGUUGUCCAUGGCAAGCCUGCUCCUGAUAUUUUCCUUGCUGCUGCCAAGUUGAUUGGCAAUACGCUGGAGAACCCACGCAGCUGUAUCGUGUUUGAAGACUCGCCCUCGGGUAUUAUGGCUGGGUUAAAUGCAAAAAUGCAAACUGUUUGGAUUCCAGAUGCUAAUAUGGCCGUGGAUGAGGGACUGAAAAGUAGAGCAGAUUUGCUUUUAAAGAGUAUGGAAGAGUUUGAUCCUGCUGCAUUUGGAUUGCCUGCAUUUGAUUAGAUCUUCAAAACACUCCUACCUUCAAAACUGAAGCUAUUUUUGAUUAGUUUUAAAAGUGCAUAGAUGGGUCA